AUGAACGGGAAGAGCUGUGAGGCACGAUCAAUCAAGAAGUUACCUACCUUGAUUCACUCUGGAUUAGUGGCUGUUUAUGGCACAGUUGUUUUGAAUCAGAUAGUUCUCUUUUUGGGAACAGAUGAUGGACAGUUAUUGAAGGCUAUUCUUAAUGAGGAUAUGGAAUCUAAUUGCCCAGAGGUUUUAUAUGAAAUUAAGGAAGAAACCUCCAUUUUCCCCAAACUUCGACUUGAUCCAGUAGAUAGUAACUACAUCUAUCUAUCUUCUGCCAAUAAGGUGAGAAGAAUACCAGUUGCAAAUUGCGGUAGAUACGUUUCCGAGCAAGAAUGCUUAUCUGCAAAGGAUCCCUACUGUGGGUGGUGUUCUUUGAAUCGAAGGUGCACAUUAAAAGAAAAUUGUACUCGUUCAAACAACAUAAAGGGUUGGUAUAACAUUUCACAUGCACCUGAUAAAGAUCUGAAAAUCCUGCUAAGUUUCCCUGCCAAAAAUCAGGUUGCUGUGACUGCAAGCAUACACAGAAGCCUUACUUCCUGUAUGAUAAAAAUUAUAACACCUGUUGAAAUAUUUUAUGAAAAUGUAGUGCUGAAAAACUCAUCCUGUUUCUGCAAUCUAUCCACUCUGGUGAUGACUGAUAAGGACACUUGUGAGAAAGUGAUUGUCCCAUGUAGAGGAUUAGCAGAAAAAUACAUGGUUCAGGGGCAGUUUGGCUGCUGCUCACGAUGUAUACACAAGGGUGAAUGUGCCAGCUGCAAAUGGAAGCGUGUCUCUCCUGCCACCACCUGCCAGGAUAGUUGUGAUGCAACUGCUUCCAAGGAGAUCGCCACAGCGAAGAAAACAGAGCAUAUCAGCAUUCAUUCCAUUGAACCUUUGUGGAUUUCUACAUUAGGCAAAAGUGAAAUAACAGUCAAAGGAGAAAACUUUACACGUGCAUCAGGCAUAAAACUGAUACUGACUGGAAUCACUGGCUGUAAACCAGACGUCAUUAAAGUUAGAAAUGUGCUGAAUGAUACACAAAUGACAUUUGCUCUCCCACCAACACGUAAAGAGGCCAAAAGUAUAUGUAUACAGGCUAAUGGGAAAAAAUGUUCGCCACCAAUGACCCUGCAUUAUGUUUCUGUGCCAUCAUGUUUUGGCAUCACACCAAAUACCUCCUGGAUCAGUGGUGGUCGCAAAAUUACUACGAUUGGUAGAAAUUUUAAUGUGGUGGACAGUGUGAUUAUUUCAGAUGACCAGAGAUCAAACUUCACAGUCUCUAGGUGUCCUGGAAAUGAAUCUGAAUAUCAUUACUUAACACCAAGCCUGAGCCACGCAACAGAGGGUAAAGUUGUUGAUAUGAUGUUAAAAGUGGAAACUACCUUUAUACCAUGUGUCAAACUACACUAUCAUCCUGACCCAGUGUUCAUUAACUACCAGCUGCACACUGAGCUGGAUCCUGAUCUGGAAUUAAAGAUAUAUGUAAGUUUGAAAGACAUAAAAUAUAAUUCGUUAUUUAAAAUAGUUAAAGAAAAUGACAACUUGAAUAUUUCUAAAACUGAGGUAGAGGUUUACUUGUCAUAUGUGAAUGGGGCACAGACCAAAAAGAUAUGGUUCAGUGUCCAAAAUAUUACCAAAAAACCAGACCGUAGCACCAUACUGUGCAAAUUCAAAAGGGAAGGAACAGACAAGAUUGACUUUUCCACUGUGAAAGUUUUUCUGCGAUGUGACUCUGCAGUCGGCAGUCUCCAGCUGCCCUGGCUGCUCACCUCCUGUGACAAGCCAGUGAUUGAAAUCACCAGAUCUCUGCCUUCCCUGCUAACGUUUAGCAGGGAUUCUGAAGUGCAUGAACCACUUGGCCAGCUGGAAGUCAAAUUAGGAAAUUUUGAGCAUGAAGUCAAACCGACAUCAUCACACAUAUAUUUAUAUGUUCUUAUUUUGCUACCCAUUGUAGUGGGUGUCAUUAUAGUGGCAUUCGUAGUUACUAGAUACAAAUCCAAAGAGUUAACUCGUAAACAGAGUCAGCAACUUGAACUGCUGGAGUAUGAGAUUCGGAAGGAAAUACGUGAGGGAUUUGCUGAACUGCAGAUGGAUGAAUUAGACGUGGUGGAUAGCUUUGGAACCGUUCCCUUCCUUGACUACAAACACUUUGCUCUUAGAACUUUCUUUCCAGAGUCAGGAGACUUUGCAUCCAUCUUCAGUGAAGACAUGCCACAGAGCAGAGACCAAACGAGCAAGGAUGAAAGCUUCAACAUGUUGCAUGCUUUAAUUUGUAACAAGAACUUUCUUGUUACUCUCAUUCACACCCUUGAAAAGCAGAAAAAUUUCUCUGUGAAAGACAGGUGCUUGCUUGCAUCCUUCUUGACUAUUGCACUACAAACUAAGCUAGUUUAUCUAACCCAUAUUUUGGAAGUGCUGACAAAGGACUUGAUGGAGCAAUCAAGCAAUGUACAGCCUAAGCUCCUGCUCAGACGCACCGAAUCUGUGGUAGAAAAAUUGCUGACAAACUGGAUGUCUGUCUGUCUUUCUGGAUUUCUCCGGGAGACAAUUGGUGAACCUUUCUAUUUGCUUGUGACAACCCUCAAUCAGAGGAUAAACAAAGGACCUGUUGAUGCGAUAACUUGCAAAGCCCUGUACACGCUUAAUGAAGACUGGCUGCUGUGGCAAGUGUCUGAAUUCAGAACAGUGGUAUUGAACGUUAUCUUUGAAAAAAUCCCAGAAAAUGAGAGUGGAGUUGCCUGUCAAACUAUUCAAGUUAAUGUUCUGGACUGUGACACCAUAGGCCAAGCCAAGGAGAAGAGCCUCCAGGCUUUCCUUAAUAAGAAUGGCUUUCCUUAUGGUCUUCAGCUGGAUGAAAUUGGUCUUGAACUUGCGUCUGAGGAGCAGCAAAGAGAAUUGUUAGAUAUUGAUGCUUCCUCAGAGGUGAUGGAAGAUGGGAAAAGGAAGCUAAAUACCAUCGGUCAUUACGAGAUUUCAAAUGGAGCAACCAUAAAAGUCUUUAAAAAGAAGACAAAUACCCUAUCAGAUGUGGACUACUCCAACGAACACUGUCAUUUGAUUUUACCAGACUUCGAAACAAACAAAGAUGUGAAAGGAGCAGGUCACAAAGGAAAGCAAAAAUUCAAAGUGAAAGAAAUGUAUCUGACAAAGCUGCUGUCAACCAAGGUUGCAAUUCAUUCAGUUGUUGAAAAGCUCUUCAGGAGCAUUUGGAGUUUACCCAACAAUAAAGCACCUGUUGCCAUCAAGUACUUUUUUGACUUUCUGGAUGCCCAGGCUGAGAGCAAAAAAAUUACGGACCCCGACGUGGUCCAUAUAUGGAAAACGAACAGUCUUCCUCUUCGCUUCUGGGUGAACAUCCUGAAGAAUCCCCAGUUUGUCUUUGAUAUUAAGAAGACUUCACACAUAGAUGGCUGUUUGUCUGUAAUCGCACAAGCUUUCAUGGACGCCUUUUCCCUGGCAGAACAGACACUGGGGAAGGAAGCACCAACAAAUAAACUUCUCUACGCUAAGGACAUUCCACUCUACAAGAAGGAGGUGAAAGCGUACUAUAAAGCCAUCAGGGAUCUGCCUCCAUUGACCACUUCAGAGGUUGAAGAAUUUCUAACUCAGGAAUCCAAGAAACAUGAAAAUGAAUUUAAUGAGAAAGUGGCCUUGAUUGAAAUCUGCAAAUACAUAGUGAAAUACUAUGAUGAGAUUGUCAGCAAACUCGAGCGAGAACGGGGGUUUGAAGAAGUCCAGAAGCAGCUCCAGCAAGUAAAAGCCUUAUUUGAUGAAAAGAAAAAAUGCAAAUGGAUUUGAGCAGAGCACUGACUCACAGCAUCACUGUGGGGGAUUUUAAAUAAGCGCUGCUGCUCCC